UAACUAUAUUUGAAGUAUGUUGGAAAAUUCAAUAAUUUGUGAUAAAAGAUUCUAUUACAAAGUGUAAACACCAUGUUUUAGAUUUCUAUUUUGAAAUAUGAGCAAAAUUCGUUUGUCUCAUUUGAUUUUUCACUCUUUUUUGUGACAUUAAAUAUACGGCAUUCUUUGAAUACAAAAGAGAAGCUAACUUCACUUUCGUGAUGGAAGAAUCUGGUACCAAAUUAUGCUACGGGUGGAUUUGGAAGAAAUAGUAUUUAGCGUUAUCUGGAAACGAAGAAUGGUUGUGUGUUUAUGCACAUCAUGUAUUUGUACAGGAUCCAAUGUUUUUGUAUAAUAUACUGUUAGAUAGUUGUUAUAUCCUUCAUCAUUUAGUUUACUUCAUAUAUAUCCUUUACAUGCAUGAAAAGUGUUGGGUUCUUGUUUGUAACAAUUUAUUAUUAUUUAAAUUAACUUAUUCGUUCUUUUUGUGUUUCAUAAUAUAAAAGCCUCGAUAUGAAAUAGGGAGAAAUAACGGUAUAGAGCUUUAUUUGUUACUGAAGUUUUAGACUACAAAGAAAAUAUGUGGAGAAAAUUUUACAAAUGGACGCCUAUAUAUAGUCCUAUUAAUACCUACCGUAAGUUGUUUUGUUGUCACAUUUGUAAAUCUGAUAGUAUGAAUCCUUUGGAGUUGACACUUGCUAUUUUGAAACCCAGUGUGUGUAAAAUUCCACAAGACGUUCUUGUAAUUAGACAGUUAAUUCUUGACAAUAACUUUUAUUUUGUUAAAUCUAAAUGCAUGACCCUGAAUACUAAAGAAGCUGAAUUUUUUUAUCGGGAACAUAGAGAAAAGUUCUUUUAUAAACGAUUGGUGUCAUUUAUGUGUAGUGGUGCUAUUGCUGUUCAUAUAUUAGGAAGAGAAAAUGCCAUUCAACAUUGGAGGCAUUUACUAGGUCCAACAAAAGUGUUUAAAGCACAGUAUGAAGCCCCUUAUUCUAUUCGUGCAAGAUUUGGUAUCUCCGACACAAGAAAUGCAGCACAUGGAUCUGAUUCGUCACAGACGGCAGAGAAGGAAAUUAGGUUUUUCUUUCCUCAUUUUGACAUUAAGAAAUGGUACUGUGAAGAAGAGCCCUUUUUUCAUGGUCAUCUAGUCAAGUUUGAUCGCAAGAACUGGGUGCACUUACCAUACACCAGUGAAAAAAAAAAAAACGUGAAUAGCAUAUAGUACAUUCUUAAUAUUUUAAUUUAUAUCUUUAUUUGAAAAUUGUUUAACAUUACCAUUUUGUCACGUAUUUGUGUUUCUUAGCUUGAUAUUUGAUUUUGAGCAAGUAUUCGUGUAAUUUUGGCAACAACAUAAAGUCAGUCUUGUAUUAUUUUAAAACGAACUGUAAAGCUCUUAAUAUUAUAAACUAUGUUGUAAAUGCA